AAUUCCACUUCUCCUCUGGCAUCUGUUAGCUGAGUCUUGCAACUCCACCUCAGCAGUGGUCUCUCAGUCCUGUCAGAGCAGGGAAAGAGCACUGUGUGCUGAGAAAGCAUGGCAAAGAACUCUCCAGAGAACUGUGAGGACUGUCACAUUCUAAAUGCAGAAGCUUUUAAAUCCAAGAAGGUAUGUAAAUCAGUUAAGAUUUGUGGAUUGGUGUUUGGUAUCCUGGCCGUAACUCUUAUUGUCCUGUUUUGGGGGAGCAAGCACUUCUGGCCAAAGACACCCAAAAAAACAUAUGAUAUGGAACACACUUUCUACAGCAACGGAGAGAAGAAGAAGAUUUUCAUGGAAAUUGAUCCUGUGACCAGAACUGAAAUAUUCCGAAGUGGAAAUGGCACUGAUGAAACCUUGGAAGUACAUGACUUUAAAAAUGGAUACACUGGCAUCUACUUUGUAGGUCUUCACAAGUGCUUCAUCAAAACUCAGAUUAAAGUGAUUCCUGAAUUUUCUGAACCAGAAGAGGAAAUAGAUGAGAAUGAAGAAAUUACCACAACUUUCUUUGAACAGUCAGUGAUUUGGGUCCCAGCAGAAAAGCCUAUUGAAAACCGAGACUUUCUUAAAAAUUCCAAAAUUCUGGAGAUUUGUGAUAAUGUGACUAUGUAUUGGAUCAAUCCCACUCUAAUAGCAGUUUCACAGCUACAAGACUUUGAGGAGGACGGUGAAGAUCUUCAUCUUCCAACCAAUGAAAAAAAAGGCAUUGAACAAAAUGAGCAGUGGGUAGUCCCCCAAGUGAAGAUGGAGAAGACACGUCAUGCAAGGCAAGCAAGUGAAGAACUUCCAAUAAAUGACUAUACUGAAAAUGGAAUCGAAUUUGACCCCAUGCUGGAUGAGAGAGGUUAUUGUUGUAUUUACUGCCGUCGAGGCAACCGCUACUGCCGUCGCGUCUGUGAACCUUUACUAGGUUACUACCCGUAUCCAUACUGCUACCAAGGAGGGCGGGUUAUCUGUCGUGUCAUCAUGCCUUGCAACUGGUGGGUGGCCCGCAUGCUGGGGAGGGUCUAAUAGCAAGUUUCAGCUCAAGUGCUUAAACUGCUGGCAGCCAACAUAUAAUAAAUGCAUGCUAUUCAAUGAAUUUCUGCCUAUGAGGCAUUUGGCCCUGGUAGCCAGUACUCUGGAAUUACUUGUAGGUAAUUCCUCUCUUCAUGUUCUAAUAAACUUCUACAUCAUCA